CAUUUUCCCUGUUGGCUUGUCUAAGGUUGGCGCGUUUCUCAUUUAUGAACGGAGUAUUUGUCGACAAGUGAAUCAUACUCGUAUAAAUGGAAGGUGCUUCAGUUGGUAGAGGCGGAUUUCGUGGCCGUGGUGGUCCAGGAGGCCCCAUGAGGGGACGUGGUGGCUUUGGAGAUCGGGGAAGGGGUGGACCUCCAAGAGGUGGUAUGAUGAGAGGUGGUCGUGGAAAUGGUCCUGGAGGUGGUAUGAGAGGUGGACCACCUGGAAUGAGAGGUAGAGGUGGUCCUCCUGGAAGAGGUGGUCACGGUGGACAUUUUCCUCCAGGAGGUCCACCAGAACCAGGAAUGUCUAGUGGGCCAGGAGGUAGUGGACCACCAGGUCCACCGGGAAUGGGUGGUCCCCCACGUGGUGGUAGCAGAGGAGGAAGCAGUGGUUUCCGUGGUAGAGGAAGUCGUGAUUUUACAAGAGGAGAUAGUCGUAGAGGUAGCAGUAAUUUCCGUGGUCGAGGAGGAAUGGACAGAGGCAGCCGAGGGGGGUCCAGGUACACCAUGGGUGGAUCUGGUAGAGGUGGCCCAGGAGGUAGAGGAGGUUUCGGAGAUCGUGGAAGCAGGGGCGGCGGUGGUCGUGGCGGCCCAUCGAAACGAGGAGGUGGUCCACCAGGUUCCAGUGGACCUUCUAAAAGACCAAGAUUCGAUCAACCAUCUUCCCAGCCCGCAAAUGGUUAUGCAACUCAACCAGCCAGUCAAGGUGGAUAUGGAGGAGGUACUAGUAACGCGUACGGCGGAGGACAGCAACAGCCACAGCAGCAAUCGGUGGGAUACGGCGGAAGCUAUGGAUCGCAAAAUUAUACGCAGUCCUCGUACCAAGGCUACGAAAGUUACCAACAACCGCCGGAUUAUGGUCAAACUGCAGGUUACCCACCAUCGGCAGCCGCUGAUAAUAGGUAUGGUGGAGCGCCUGCCGUUCCAGCUACAGGAGCUUUCAGUGCUGGCGAUCCCUACAGUUAUGGCAAAGCACCGCCAUCAGAUUACUCGAAUCAGGAUGGUGUAUACGGCAAACAGGAUUAUGGUGGCAGUGCUGGUUACCAAAACGCCCAGUCUCAGCGACGUUAUUAAAUUAACACGUUCAGCUAUUUAAUUUUAUACGUUAGAUAUCCAGAUUUUUUCCAAAUUAAACGAAAAAAAAAUUGUUCCUAGCGCGUGAAAAAGUUGGACAAAUGUUAUUUGUCUUUAAAUGUAUACAAGUAUUUUACAUAUAUAGUAAGAGGAACGAACAGUGGUUUUAACCAUAGAGAAGAGGAAAAAAGGAAAAGAGCACUAUCUGCUACGAUGAGAUUUUUUGUUUCCUAUCUUUGUCGCGCGCAUGGAAGAAAGGAUUAAUUUAACAUUGCACGAAAGUGCUUAAAUGGUCUUUAUCAUUAUGAUUGAAGGUAUAAAUGACAAGAGCGUUUUAUACUUGACUA